AUGAGCCCGUCACACAGCCUUCUCCAUGAGCUGCAUCUAUUGACUCUCUUUGGCGUGCAUACCCCCGCGCGCUGCAGGAACUCGAUCAACAUGCUCGACAAGCUCAAACGCGAGCUGGCGUGCGGCGUCAAGGACGACGUCAAGGCCGCGCCCAAGCCCGCAGUGGACACGGCCAAGCCCGACGGCGAUGUGGACGAGAUCUACUUGUCGUCGCCGCCGUCGCACCUCGGAGCCGAGGUGGCGUGCGGCAUCAAGUCCGCCGCCGCCGAGGAGCUCGCCGCCAAGUCCGCCGCCGCCGAGGAGGACGCCGAGUCGGCCACCGAGGAGGCGACCGCCGAGGAGGCGGCCACCAAGAAGGCGACCACCGAGGAGGCCGCCGCCAACGUGUGGGCCGGCAAGAUCACCGGGAUGUUCUUGGAGAACGACAUCCAAGAUCUGCAGGAGAUGCUGUGCGUGUCCGACAACUCCAAGGCGGCGGCCCUCUUCGUCGAGCGCGUUUGGCAGGCGCUGGGUGUCCUCACGCAAGCCUUCUCCUUGGAGAGCCCCUGCUACCAGGACGACGAGACACCGGCGUCGGCCAAGACGUUCCCGGAGGAGACGGCUUCGGCGGGCAUCGACGAGUGGACGACCCCCUCCCCGCUCCGCAAGAUCGAGCGCAAGGGCGAGCCCAGCCUGGUCGACUGCUCCAAGAACACCACUCCGAUGGACCCACCGACGGCCCCCAACGGCGUCACCAAAAGUGCCCCGGCUCUCACGCCGGCGGCGACCGGCGGCGCGCCGCUGCCGUCGAGCGAGGAGUUUCCGGGCGACGCCGACUGGACCGUCUCGGCCAAGGAAUUUCCGGGGGUGAAGCCCGCCACGGCGCCGAUCGGCUGCGGUGCACGCGCAGAGCCUCAACUAUUGACGCACCCACCGCUUGCGCGUGCGCAGGGCAUCCCCGACAGGGCCACCCCGUCGAACCCGCGCCGCAAGAAGGGGCGCAAGGGCGCAUCCGCCCCGAUCGUCCGCACCAAGAACACCACCCCGGUCGGCGGCAGCAACAGGUUCGGGGCCCUGCUCGGAACGGACGGCGACGAGGGCAUCCUCGGUGGCAACGGCAAGGUGCCCCGCGGCUCCACGCCGCCGACCGCAGACUCGGGCGCGACGGUCGACGUCGAGACGACCACGAAUGCCACGCCCGAGGGCUCUGCCGCCGGCCGGUUCCCGUGGUCAAAGUCCUACAACUUGCUCCGCCUCUUUGGCAUCCUCGCGCUGAUCUGCCUCGGAGCCGCGUUUGCGCACUCCUCGUGCUCUGCCACUUCCGCGCUUCUCUCCUCGCAGCGGUACGAGUCCCCGUGGCCGACAUCGCCUCCCGCAACCGUCGCAAAGCCGUUCACGCCGGCAUCGCCCAACGGCUUCUGCGAGGUUGGCGGCAACGACACCAGCUCGUUUGCAGCCAUCGUGUCGUCGGACAGCGCGCCCGCCAAACACCCGGGCGAACGCGACGAGGGGCGCUCGUGGGAAGCACUGAUGGAAGCGAUCAAAGAGGCGGUGGGCGAGCCGUUGCACCUGAUUGGCGAGCCGCCGGCGUCCGUCAAAGACUUUUACGAGAAGCAGCCGGUUGAGGCCGAUUUGGAGACCGCCCCGGCCUCGCGCAACAGCAUGGAGCGCAAGGGCGAGCCCGAGAUCGACUCUAUCGGUCCCGUCUACAGCAACAGAUCGGGGAUCAUCGUUCGCGAAACCGUCCUGCCCGUGAACGGCACGUUGCCCGAGAUGCGGUCCGCCGACGCUGGGAACACGCCCGAGAAGCUGGUUGAGACUGGCCUCGGCGCGCCCGUCGCUAGCAUGCACGCCGGCGGCGAGUGGCGGGUGAACAGAUUGGCGACCGCUUCUCCAGCCACAACCAAGGAUCUCUUCCUCCAGCUUGGCCGGGCCAUCGACCCUCUUCUCGCGGAGCCGGCAUGGCCUGCAGAGGUCCGUGCCGCUCAGAUCUCCGAUUCGAACUCGGUCCAGUCCGAUAUCUCCUCCGUCUCACGUGUGUGCGCCGACCGGCAGCCACGCUGCGCCGCCCCCGUUGCGUGGCAUGCGGAGCCUCACCACGCACUCACCGACGAGCGCUGCAAGACCGACAAGCCGCCCGCGAACCCGCCGGUCGACAAGCUCUCCAUCGACCUGCCCUCCCCGUUCCACUUUCCCUUCAUGAGCGGACCCUCCUCUUCCGCGCCUGUCCGCACCCAGCAGCGCUGUCAGUUUUGGGCCGCCUUGUUCUUGCUGCUCGGAGCGUGCGGCGGCGUGCUGCUCUCGGUGCGGAGGAGCAGCUCGGGGCGCCUCGUGCGGUGCCGGACGGGGGCGAGGCGUGGCGCGUGGCUGCUGAUUCUCGCCGCGCUGCUCCCGCUGGCAUGUGCACCAUCAGUCUACACGUCUGGCUCGGGCGAGCUUGGCUCGGGCGAGUCUGGCUCUGGGGAGAUUGGCUCUGGCGAGGUUGACUCACCGCCGUCCGCUCCAUCAAUCGACUUCCAGGUCACUGUGGGUGGCGGCAGCUACCCGUCCGAGGUGUCGUGGGACCUGACGUGCAGCGGCGCGUUGAUCGGCAGUGGAGGGGCUCCCUACUCCGGCACCCUGUCCGCGCCGCCCGGCGAGUGCACGCUCAACAUGUACGAAUCGUACGGCGACGGCUGGAACGGCGACGAGUGGGAGGGUGCGGGCUAUACGUUCACGCUCGGCUCCGGAUCCUACGGCAGCGAGACGUUCAUCCUCGCCCCCCUCCCACCGUCCUCUCCGGCGCCGCCGUCGCUGCCGCCUCUGUCACCGCCGCCGCCGCUUCCACCUAACUCUCCGCCGCCGCCACAACUCCCUCCGCCGCCGCCACCAUCCUCUCCGCCGCCGCCGUCGCUGCCGCCGCCGCCUUCGUCUCCGCCGCCGCCGCCCUCUCCGCUGUCGCCACCCUUCCUGCCGCCCCCCCCACCCUCUCCGCCGCCUCUUCUACCCGACAUGAUGAGCUGCGAUUUCGAGGUCGACACUUGCGCCUGGACCGACACCGCGCCGGACGGGUUCUCUUGGACCCGCAGGAGCGGUGGCACUCCAUCAGGAGGCACAGGCCCGAGCGGCGACCACACCACCGGCUCGGGCUACUACCUCUACACCGAGGCCUCUGGCCGCUCCAACAAGCUGCACCAGCUCGAGAGCCCGCUCUUCUCGCUCCAGCAGGAGGCCACCGUCUCCUUCUUCUACCACAUGUCCGACAUGUACGCGCAGUUCAACUACGGCGACCUCAUGGGCACCCUCUCCGUCGAGGCCAACGGCACCGAGACGGGCUGGACGACGCUCUGGAGCAGGACCGGCGACCAGGGCAAUAGCUGGCUCGAAGCGGUAGUGAUCCUACCCGCCUCGACGACGAAGGUGCGCUUCAACGGCCGGACGGGGUCGGGCUUCAGGUCGGACAUGGCGCUGGACGACGUCUCCUUCUCGCAGUUUACGCCUCCGUCGCCGCCGCCGUCGCCGCCGUCCUUGCCGUCUCCGCCCUCUACGCCUCCGUCCGUCCCGCCUCUGCCCCCUGCGCCGCCGCCGCCACCGCCGCUGCCGCCUCUGUCGCCGCCCCCGCCGCUGCCGCCGCUCUCUCCGGACUUUGUCGCCGCGGCGAGCGAGGCCCUGCUCCGCUCCCUGAUCACGGAGGCUGCUACUUCGCAAGCCGACUUGGGCGGCGUCGUCUACGCGGUUAGCAGCGGUGCGGUCUCGAUAAUCGGCUCGGCCGUGACGAGCUGCUCGGCUGGCGAGGACGGCGGCGUCGUCUACGCGAAUCGGAACAGCGGUGCGGUCUCGAUAAGCAGCUCGAACGUGACGAGCUGCUCUGCUGGCAGGUCCGGCGGCGUCGUCUACGCGUUUUACAGCGAUUCCCUUUCCAUCGCGGGUGUCGACUUCAUCGACAACAGGGCGGACCUCUCAGCCUCGGUGCUGUACCUUUCAAACACGCCCUCCUCGAUCAGCGACGCCUCCUUCACCGGCAACACUGCUGGCGACGACACGACGAUACAGACAAACUCGCCGAUAGACUGGGACUGCCGCUUGGGCAGCUGGAUGCCGCGCAAGGGCUCCUUUUUUGGCGACUUCAGCGUCGGCUUCCAGCCCAAGUUCAAGAUCCUGGUCAGCUUCUACCAGAUCGCCGCGACGCUCGGCCCCGUCUACGGCGUCCGCCUCCACGAGGACUUCACGCGCUGGACCGACUUCAUGGACGCGAUCAGCCUCGACCUAAUCGGCCUUACCUAUCCGGACGCCUGCAUCGGCUCGAUGGGAGACCGGCUCCUGCUCGCAGGCUUGUGGCCGAUCCUAUCUAUCAUGCUCGGAGGAGCCUCCCUCGCCUGCUGCGCCCUCGCGGAGUGGCUUCUGUCUGGUCGCGCCGACGCCCUCCGGCGCGACCUCGUCCGUGCUGCGCUGCGUCGCCUCCUCUACUGGGCCAUCCUCGUCGCCUACCUCGUGCUGCCCUCCGUGUCUCGCUCCGUCUUCAAGGCGCGGCAGUGCGAGUCGUUUAGUAUCGACGACGUGACAGGGGACAGGCGCUCCUACCUCGUCGCCGACCUCGACGUGCUCUGCAGCGCCGGCGACGACGAGUACAGCGGCCUCGACGCGUACUUCUGGGCCUUCUUCGUGCUGUGGCCGGUGCUCGUGCCGCUAGCCUUCCUGGCGAUCCUGCUUUCGAUCCGCUCCGAGGUGCGGGCGCAGCGAGUCAGGGCCACGGCCCGAGCUUGCCGCUUCCUCUGGCGCGACUACGACCCGCGCUUCCUCUUCUGGGAUGUCGUCGAUCUGGGCCGUAAGCUCUUCCUUGCUUCACUGGUGCUCUUCAUUCAGACAGACGACGGCUCGAGCAAGCUGCUCCGCCUCCUCGUCGCGUCUGUUGUCUCGGCCCUCUACCUCGCCGCCCUCGCCCUCGCCCGGCCCUUCAAGCGCGACGACGACCUCUACCUCGCGUGCACCGCCAAUCUGUUGCUCUCCUGCUGCUUCACCUCCGGCAUGGUGAUUCAGCUGUGCGAGAGCCCCGCCUACGAGGACAUGUGCAAGGCCCUCGUCGGCUUCGACAGCGCGCGCGGAGCGAGUGAGUUUGUGAUCGCGCUCACCGCCGCAAUGCUGGCCGCGUCGCUGCUCGUCGUCCUCUUCAAGACAGUCAGCGCCGUCCGCAUGCCCACCAUCCGCCUCUCCUCCUCCAGCCGUCCCCCAGUCCUCACGCUGCCGCGCGCAUGCCACUUCCACGGCUUCAUCUCGCACUGCUGGGGGACCGGCCAGGACCAGACGCACACCGUCGUGCGGCAGCUCCAGCUUCUUCUCCCCGGCGUCCGGAUCUGGCUCGACGUCGACAACCUCGAGGACGUGGGCAGGCUCGAGGAGUCGGUCAGAGACGCGACGACCUUUCUCGUCUUCCUCAGCGCGGGAUACUUCAAGAGCUUCAACUGUCGCCGCGAGCUGUACGCUGCGCUAGGCUCGAACCGGCCCUUCAUCCCGAUCCAGGAGGCUGACGUCGACAAGGGCGGCGCCUCGAUCGAGGCGCUGAAGGCAGAGUGCCGCGAGCACUGCGUCGAGACCGCCCCGCCGGCCUACCCCUCCUACAGCGGGCCAGGCGAGAUGCUCGCGCGCGUGUUUGAGGCGACGACGCCGAUCGUGUGGGUGCGGGUGAAUGCUUUUCAGCUCGAGUCGCUCAAGGCUGUCGCGCUGCGCAUGUUGCUGCACUCCCCUUACUACGCGAGCCGCCCGGCCGAGCUCGCCGACGGCGUGAUGGUGCCCGGAAAGGCGGGCCCCGUUGCCUUCAGCGGCCCCGUCACCAUCCUCGUGUGCCGCGACAACGAGGGCGCCGUCGGCAUUGCAGGGGAGCUCAAUACGGCGGCGAGGGAGGGGCGCGGCUCUACCGCCAGCGCCGAGACGGUAACGAUCCGCGAUGCGGAGGAGGCGCUCGAGGGAGUCAACGCGGCCCCGCUCUCCGGGCACGUAGUGUUUCUGCUCUACCUGAACGAUAAGACCUUCCUGGACGCCGGCGGCGCCGUCGCGCGCCUCGUGCAAGCGGCGAUGGACCGGCGCAUCGCCAUCACAAUGGUCCACGAGCAGGACCCUAGCUUCGGCGGCGUUCCGUUCCGCAACUUUUUCCAGCAGACGCCGCAGGUGCUGCUGCAGCAGCCGUACAAGCUUUUCGACACGGUGGCGGUGCCGCUCUACCCGGCUCCGGAGCACCGCACGGUGAGCCGCCGCCUCGCGCUGUGCAGCAUGGGAGCGGUGCCAUGCGAUGCGGGGCCGCUCUGGCGGCGGUGGCAGCUCCUCCGCCGCCGCAUAGCGGUGGCACGCCUCGUGCGGCGGCGCCCCGCCGAGUCGCGCCAGCAGCCUGUAGUGCAGCCGUAG